CUCACACACACACAUACACACACACACAGAGCCCAUCAUUCUCUGGAACUGGAUCUUCUGGUUCAACCUCCCUCCCUUUCGCGCUCCCUCCCUGGGACGCGCUGGGGGAUCCGAUGACAUCACUGGCUGAGCUCUCCCCUCUCUCUCCUGGUAACUUCUGUUCUGGGAAGUGGUGCCAGGAAUAACCCAGUCUGUCUGCAGCUCCGAGAGGCUCCCUCCUCCGGAAAAAAAACUGCGGCUUCUCCGGCCUCUCUCUCGUCCUGAUUUUAUUCUCAUUUUAAAUCAAGCUCCACCAUUUAAAGCGAGAGAGAGAGAGAGAGAGGAAGCCCGAGAGCAAUGGUCUGUCCUACUACAAGUCAAUGAACCAGACGCCCCUUGGCUGUCGGAAUAUCUCGAUCUGUCUCUAUAUAAAGCAAUGCCGCGGGCCACCUCGCUCCAGGCACCACCUUAGCAAAGGAGCAACAAGAGCCCCCCAGCGGAACCAACAACAAGGGUACCAGGAGGGGUUUCCUCCUUCCGGCUCGGUGACUUUCCAGGUGGAGACCAUCAUAAAGAGCCGUAUUUACUGGAGUAGUGAACCAAAUUGCCUUGAUUGGAACCAUUAUUCACUUGCACCUUUGACAUCAUCAACCAGGAAUAUUCAAGACAGUCAUGCGUAUUAGAUGUCUAGAAGAUGCAGAUAACUGCAUUGUUGUGGAUGGGCUGAAAAGGACUUUGCUAUAGUAGUUCAACAAAUCUCUUUCUGGAUCAUUCUGCGUCUCAACACUUACAAUGGAAAAUGUUCUAAUGCCAUACUGACUCCUUGCAAAUGCAUGAGAAACUGUUUGGGAAAGUUCCUGCCAUGAACAGAAUUGUAUGAUCAUUAUAUUAGCAUACACACUCAAAUCUAAUGCCUAUAGACUACUGUGUGGAAAGUUCAAAAGAGAAAGAGAAGUCUGUGAACUUGCAAAGGCUCUGGAAAAAUGGGAGCAACAAAACUUUAAGAAGCAUAGCAUUGGACACACUCCAUGUGUCUGCACAGCUUUCAAGUGAACUAGCACUUAAGACUUCGUAUAACAAAAUGGACUCUGGGGACACAGCUAUAGGGCAAAAAGCUACCUCGAGGUCUGGAGAAACUGCUGAAGUACCAACUAGAUGGAGGCAAGAACAUUCAGCUGUUAUUAAGAUGAGCACGUUUGGCAAUCAAGAAAUACAGAGACAACCAGAAACAGAUCAUGAGCAAAUCGGAAACACAGCAUCAGCACAACUUUUUAGUUCUGGGAAACUCGGCUCAUCCGGUGAAGUUGGGCAGCAAGUCACAGAGAAGCAAUAUCCACAGCAUCGGCCAAGUCCCUACUCAUGUCAACAUUCACUUUCUUUUCCCCAGCAUUCAUUGCCACAAGGGUUCUUGCACAACGUAAAGCCACAUCAGAGCUUGGAAGGCCACACGUGGCAGUUUUCUGGCCACUUGCAAUCAGUUGCCUCAGAGGACAUAUUUCCUUUUCACUUGCACGGCCACAGUGGAGGUUUCUCUAGAAAGAAGAUUUCAAGUUUGAACCCUGCUUAUAGCCAAUAUUCUCAGAAAUCGAUAGAACAAUCAGAAGAUGCUCACAAGAAAGAGCACAAACCCAAAAAGCCUGGCAAAUACAUUUGUCCUUACUGUAGCAGGGCUUGUGCCAAACCUAGUGUACUUAAAAAACAUAUUAGGUCCCACACUGGGGAACGGCCAUACCCUUGUGUUCCUUGUGGUUUCUCUUUUAAGACAAAGAGCAAUUUAUACAAGCACAGGAAAUCACAUGCCCAUGCAAUUAAAGCAGGAUUAGUACCUUUCACAGAGUCAGCGGUAUCUAAAUUGGACCUAGAUGCCAGUUUUAUUGAUGUGGAAGCCGAAAUACAUUCAGAUGGUGAGCAGAGCACAGACACAGAUGAUGAGACCUCAUUGCUUGUGGAAAGUUCUGACAAAUUGAGCCCAGUCCCACAGAUGCCACUGGACAUUGCUAGCAGAAGUAACUUUCACUCGUCCAUAGAUGAAUCAUUGGGAGGCCCAAUGAAAGUGCCCAUUUUGAUUAUCCCUAAAAGUGGGAUUCAGUUACCCAGUGAGAAUUCACAGUACAUUGGAUCUGACAUGUUACAAACCCCAUCUUUAAGUACGAAGUCUGAUGACUCUCAUACAGUUAAACAGCGACUUGCACUAAGACUGUCAGAGAAAAAAGGGCAAGACUCUGAGCAGUCACUAAAUCUUUUGAGCCCACAUAGCAAAGGAAGCACUGAUUCUGGUUACUUUUCCCGCUCAGAAAGUGCAGAACAACAAAUAAGCCCUCCAAAUACUAAUGCAAAGUCUUAUGAAGAAAUAAUCUUUGGGAAAUUCUAUCGGAUUAGUCAAAGGACAGCACUAACAAUAGCAACAGCCAAUCAAGAACACAAUUUAAUGGGUAAAAAGGGCAGAGGGGAGCAGCCUCUACCUCUGGUGAACACCAGAUUAGAUAUCAAGAUGCUUGAAGAACAUAUUUCUAAUCUAACUCCAAAUAAAGACACACUCAUUGAUCCCAGUAAACUGAGCACUAUUACAUCUACCCAACUCUUCAGCAGUAGCAAUACAGAGUCCAAACAAUCGCAGACUACAACAUCAUCCAUCAAAAAUGAACUGAACCUUUACCCAUUAAGUCAGCAGGGUGACACGCCUGGACUUUUAGAGCCUCCAGUAGAUGCUUUUCCACUUAUUAGAAGUAACUCCAUGCCAACAUCUUCUGCAACCAAUUUAGGUGUUCCCUCAUCUUUGAGAGGAAGCCAUUCCUUUGAUGAGAGAAUGACAGGUUCAGAUGAUGUGUUUUAUCCUGGGACAGUAGGAAUAUCCCAUCAGAGGAUGUUAAGAAGACAAGCUGCCUUUGAGCUGCCCUCAGUGCAGGAGGGGCACUCAGAUCCAGACUAUCAUGGGAGAACAGGAAAAAAUAUCCUUGUUUCUUCCAGCAGGUCAACAGGUGAUGAAAAAGGGUCAUCCUUGAAGGAGAAGAAAUUGAUAGCAGGGGAGAGAACCUUCUAUGACUAUGAUGCUUGUGGAAAGCCCUACAGAAAAUGGGAAGAAUUUGAAACUCAGAAGCUGAACUACCGAGACUUUCCAUGCUCGGGCGGGAUAAAACAAGGAGGGGAGUACUUUGUUGAUUCAUUUGGACAAUCACAGCCAGUGCUGUCUGUAUACGGAACCACAUUCGAAAACAGAAAACGCAGAAAAGAGAAAAGUGUUGGGGAUGAGGAGGAUGUUCCCAUGCUUUGUAGCAGUGGUACUGGCACCCCAGUGGGGAUGCUGCCUUCAGAUUUUGAUCCCAAACCCCAAAUUCAGGAAGGGCCAAGAAGCACAUGGGAUAAUGCUGCCCAUUGUCAUGCAGAGCGUUUUGAAAUCUGUAGACCUCACUUGCAAUCUGGAAGCCUAUCAGCUUCAUUAGAAGAGUCACCUUUAGCUGCAGAACAAGAAAAGACAGCAGAGUCACUGAACAGAAAACCCCCUGGAAAUGUCAUCUCUGUCAUUCAGCAUACAAACUCAUUGAGCAGGCCAAACUCAUUUGAAAGGUCUGAAUCUACAGAACAUAUUGCUUGCCUGCAGGAUAAAACCUACUCACUGUCUGAAACCUGUGAGAGUGAGAUUUCUGAGUCCCCAAUGAGCCCAGAGCGGGCUCAGCAAACAGAAAAUGCUGAUAGUGUGAAUAAACCGUCCCAACAGCCACAGCCAUACCAUAUGCAGCCCAGACUGGUUCGCCAGCAUAACAUACAAGUACCUGAGAUCCGUGUUACAGAGGAACCAGAUAAACCUGAGAAAGAUAAAGAAGUUCAGAGUAAAGAGCAGGAAAGACCUACUGAAGAGUUCCAGUGGCCGCAAAGAAGUGAAACUCUUUCUCAACUCCCAGCAGAAAAAUUACCACCCAAAAAGAAACGCUUACGGCUUGCUGACAUGGAGCACUCCUCUGGAGAGUCCAGCUUUGAAUCCACCGGCACAAGCCUCUCUCGCAGCCCUAGCCAAGAAAGUAAUUUGUCCCAUAGUUCAAGUUUUUCAGUGUCCUUUGAAAGGGAAGAAAAUACCAAGUUCAUCGUGCCUUCCAAACAGGAUGAGUUUGGAAAACAGUCUGAGUUUUUAACUGUUCCAGCUGGUGCUUACUCACUUUCUGUCCCUGGGUAUCACCAUCAGAAGGAAAUGAGACGUUGCUCAUCUGAACAGAUGCCUUGUCCGCAUGCUGCUGAAAUCCCAGAGAUACGAAGUAAAUCCUUUGAUUAUGGGAAUCUGUCUCAUGCUUCAGCAGCUGGGGCACCUUCUGCAGGAUUAUCUCCAUCACGAGAAAGGAAGAAAUGCUUUCUGGUCCGUCAGGCUUCUUUUAGUGGAUUCCCAGAGAUUCCCCAGACUGAUCAAAGUGUGGAACAAAAUAUAAAGCAAGAGCAGAUGGAACACAUACAUGCUGGUCUUCGCUCUUCCCAAGUUGCUUGGCAUCAUUCUCCCACCUCUGUGCUUCAGCCCAUUCAGGCAGAUGACUCUGGAAAGCAGGCUGUUGGUUCUGGCGCACAGCUUGCCCAGCAACAUGCCAUCCUUGCAGACAAUCAUGACAUUUUAAGGAAUCCCUUGAUUCAACAAGCACCUUAUAUUUCAAACAAAUAUCCAGCAGAGCAACAGCACCUAUUUGCACAUCAAGAAAAGGUUCCAUUUCCCCCCAUUCCCAAUGCCUUGUUUCAGUUUCCAUAUCCUGCUGUCAGUAUGGUUCCCUUACCAGCUCAGCAACCUGUCUUAUGGCAGUCAUGUGCAGAACCUUUACAGAGAAACUUGCCACAUCAUUUUGUACAACAGUUACAAAAAGCAUAUGUCAAACAACCUUUCCAAACAGAAAUUCAUCACCUGGAGUACGCUCAAGAGCAUAUUGGAAAGAAACCGGCUGAAUACAUGCAUGCGAAAGAGCAAACGUACCUGCAUUACUCCGGAAUAUCUGGGCAGUAUUCGAAAAAUGCUAAGUACCUGCCAGACCCUAGUAUUAAGUCAGCAGAGAUCUCCUCUGAUCAGCAUCUACAGACAGGUUUUGACUCCCCGAAUGAUGGAUCUGUACAGUCUUUACCAGGAACAGUUGUUCCUGUCAGGAUUCAGACCCAUGUGCCAUCUUAUGGUAGUGUCAUGUAUACAAGCAUUUCCCAGAUCCUUGCACAGAACAACAGCCCUGCUAUUGUCAUUUGCAAAGUGGAUGAGACAGUUUCUCAAAGAACAUUAUCAACAAGUGCAGCCAUGCAAGGACUAGGAUUUAACAUAGCCCAGCUAUUAGGCCAGAAUGGUGGGUUAGAAAAAUAUCCUUUGUGGAAAGUACCACAGACUUUACCACUUGACUUGGAAUCCUCAAUCCCAUUGUGUCUGACAUCCAGUUCUGACACUGCCUCUACCCUCGGAGGAAGCAAACGAAUGCUUUCACCAGCAAGCAGCUUGGAGCUCUUUAUGGAGACUAAGCAGCAGAAAAGGGUCAAAGAAGAAAAAAUGUAUGGACAGAUUGUUGAGGAGCUAAGUGCAGUAGAGUUGACUAAUUCAGAUAUAAAGAAGGAUUUUCCCAGACUACAAAAGCCUCAGCUAGUUAGGCAGAGCUGUGCUACUGAGCCAAAGGAAAGUGUGCCGUCCAUGUCAUCCUCUUCACCAUCAUCGUCCUCAUCAUCUCAAGACUUCCCAUCUGCCAACAUACCAACAGCUGACCCUUUUCUGAGCAGGGAAAAGCUUUCCAGUUUUGAUUCAGCAUCUCCAGGGCACAAGUCGAGUGGCCCUUCUGAAGGAAGAGAGUCACCAGAAGAACUGGAUGUGGAUGAAACAGCAUCAGAUAUGAGCAUGAGCCCACAGAGGUCUUCACUGCCAUCAGGAGAAAUUCAGACAGAAGAACAACUGCAACAGCAGAAAUUGCCUGCUGGUAUGUUGGUCCAGAUGGCAUCCAAUCCAAAUGGGAAAGCAGCACGCUCAACCAUCCUCCUAACAGAUGGAGCAGAUUUUCAGCAGAUCUUUCAGUUCCCUAGCCUACGCACUACUACUACUGUGAGCUGGUGUUUCUUAAACUAUACCAAGCCCAGCUACAUUCAACAAGCAACCCUCAAAUCUUCAGUUUAUGCUUCAUGGUGCAUUAGUUCAUGUAACCCAAACCCAUCAGGGUUAAAUACGAAGACUACUCUAGCACUUCUAAGGUCCAAGCAGAAAAACACCGCAGAAAUUUAUUCUUUGGCUGCUAUGCAUAGACCUGGAGCUGGUAAACUGACCUCAUCAAGUGCAUGGAAACAGUUUGCUCAGAUGAAACACGAACCAUUCUUCUUGUUUGGCAGCAAACUUGAAAAGAAAGUAGUGGGGAAUAUUAUAAAAGAAAGAGUAAAAGGAGAAAGUCAUGGAGAUAAAGACAUUGCGUCCAAACAGACUGAGCCAGUACGAAUUAAAAUCUUUGAAGGAGGGUAUAAAUCAAAUGAGGAUUAUGUGUAUGUCAGAGGACGUGGGCGAGGAAAAUACAUUUGUGAAGAAUGUGGGAUUCGCUGCAAGAAACCAAGCAUGCUCAAAAAACAUAUCCGCACUCAUACCGAUGUACGGCCUUAUGUAUGCAAGUUGUGUAAUUUUGCCUUCAAAACUAAAGGAAAUCUGACAAAACAUAUGAAGUCUAAAGCACACAUGAAAAAAUGCCUGGAGCUGGGAGUAUCGAUGACAUCUGUGGAUGAUGCCGAAACUGAAGAAGCAGAAAACAUUGAAGACAUGCACCAGGAAGCAGAGAAGAGUAGUAUGGCAGGCAUAUCAAAAGAACACCAGUUUUCUGAUGCUGAGGAAUCGGAUGGGGAUGAUGGAGAUGACAAUGACGACGAUGAAGAGGAUGACGAUGAUUUUGAUGAUACCCAGGGAGACUCAACACCAAAAACGAGAUCAAGAAGCACCAGCCCCCAACCCCCCAGAUUCUCUUCACUGUCAGUGAAUGCUGCAGCGGUGUCCUAUGGGGCUUCUCCUGACAGUUCCAUUUCAAUGGGACACUCCUCACUGAUCAGUUAUUUGGUUACUUUACCUAGUAUUCAGGUUACUCAGCUUAUAACACCAAGUGACUCAUGUGAAGACUCACAAAUGACAGAAUAUCAGAGGUUUUUCCAGAGCAAAAGUACUGAUUCAGAGCCUGACAAAGACAGGUUAGACAUACCUAGUUGUAUGGAGGAGGAUUACAUGCUUUCAUUAGAGCCCACCUCAUCUCCAAGGGACUUCUCACCUUCUAGCCGACAGUCCUCACCAGGGUAUGAUUCUUCGCCAUAUAGAGAUAAUUCACCAAAGAGGUAUUUAGUGCCCAAAGGGGAUUUGUCACCCAGAAGGCAUUUAUCACCAAGGAGGGAUAUUUCACCCAUGAGACACCUUUCCCCAAGGAAGGAAGCUGUGUUGAGAAGAGAGUUAUCACCGAGACGAGAUGUUUCACCAAGACGUCAUUUGUCACCUAGGAGACCAAUGUCACCUGGAAAAGAUGCAUCUGCCAGAAGAGAACUGUCUCCAAGAAGGGAGAGAAGAUAUAUGGCUUCAGUUAGAGCAGCAUCACCCAGAAGGGGUCUGUACCAUAAUCCAGCAUUGUCUAUGGGUCAAUAUUUACAGUCUGAAUCCAUUCCACUGGGACAUGCAAGAAAAGGGUUGUCUCAGAGUCCUUACUUCAGUGUGUACGGAGAAAAAGGAAUUUCGAACCAUCAUGGGUCUAGCCUGUUCCCUGAGGGUCCUAAUGACUAUGUCUUCAGUCACCUUCCAUUACACUCCCAGCAACAAAUCAGAGCACCUCUCCCCAUGAUGCCCAUUGGAGGUAUCCAAAUGGUCCAUUCAGUACCUAUGGCCCUAUCAGAUUUACAUCCUCCGUCCAUCGUGUCCCUGCAGAGGGAGAGCUCUGAGGAAAAGCAAAGAGUAACUUCAGAAACCAUUACAAAAGAAUCCUAUGUCAUUUCUAAGCACCAUGAGAAAUGGACCUCUCCUCAAAUUUUGCACCCAGCUGUUCCAUCCAAUGUAUCCUCCUCUCCAUUGCUGAAACAAAGCACUUCAGAAGACAGUUUUAUAGCUACAGAAAGAGAACAGGAGGAGAACAUACAGACUUGUACAAAAGCCAUAGCCUCUCUGCGAAUCGCCACAGAAGAAGCCGUUCUGCAUGGGGCAGAGCAGCCGCAGAGGGCUUCUGAGCCUUAUCAGAAGCCCUUAGAAAGUGCACAUUUUAGCAUUAAACACUUUAGUGGAUCUGAGCCAGGCCAGGCCUGUGCUUCAGCCACCCAUCCUGACUUGCACAGUGGUGAAAAGGACAGUUUUGGUACAUCACAGACUGCAUUAGCUCAUUCCACCUUUUAUAACAAGAGCAGUGUAGAUGUCAGAGAGUUAGGCUUUCACAGCAGGAAAGAAUCUCCAUCAAGUACACAGGAAAGAAAAGAUACAUCAUCUGAGAAGAGCAAACUGCAUUGAUCUGAGAUGCCUGGAGACUUUUACCCAUACAUUUAUCCUCCCCACCCCCUUUUUUUCUAGAGGUAGAAGUAUUCAACUUUACAGCAUGCCUGUCCUAAGUUACAGUAGUUUGCAAUUAUAUAUACUUUUGUUAUAUCAAAAGAGUUAGAUAAAUGACAAGUCAUCAUGAGCCUGACCAAAAUGAAAUUUGAAAUUCUUAUUGGGUCUGGUACUUUUAAAUUGUACAGAUGUUUGUGCCUUUUCUUUACUUUGCUUAUAUUCUUAUAAGCAUUUUUUUAGCCGUAAUUUGUACAUAUUUUAGAAUUUGUGUAUCUGCUUUGUAAUAAAUGUAAUUUCUUUCCUUUUUUGGACACUUGGAUCUAAAUGAUGUAAAGCAAAACAGCAUCAGUAUAUAUGUGAGGUUGCACUAAAAGCAUAUUUUUAUAUGAUUAAAAUUGAAAAGCUUUUAUGUACAGCUCUGAUUCUGUAAUACUAAUAUUUAUUUACUUUGUUUCAUAAAUUGUAAAUUUUUUUCUUAAUGUUGUGGAUUGCUUUUCUAUGUGAAGCAUGGGAUUUACUGUUGCGUAAUUAGAACAAAAAUGUAUAUUGUAAACAAGAUAUUUAAACUAGAGUAUCUUAUCUUAUUCUGCACUUAUGCAUUAGUUUAAAAAAAAAGAUAAAGGAUGUAUCAGCGAGUUCUUAACUCUUGUAAUUUUUUUGUCUCUUGUUUGCUGGAUUGACUAUAACUUAAGUGCUGAUUGUGAUUUUAAAUUGAUAGUACCGUAAAGCAUUAAAGUAAAACAAUGUGCUAUUGUGACUUUUUUCAAAGCUUUAUAAAACAGUUAUAAAUAUAUUAAAAGUAUUUGGUCUUAUGUGAACAUGUUGAUCUAUAUAUUCUCCUUUUUAAAAAAUGGAAAAACAUUCCACCCCAUGUAAAUAAGUACAAGUGCAUCACUGGUACAAUUGUAUGUAACGCAUUUGGACACUAGGGGUUUGAUCUGCUCUCAUUGAAGUCAAUGGGACUUGUGCCAUUGAUUUCAAGGAAAACAGGAUCAGGCCAUAGGUCAACACAUGCCUAUACUGGAGUGUCUUUAAAAACGAGGUGACAAAGCACAUCUAAGUCUAUAGAACUUUGUUGUCAGCUGGCCCAAUGGCUUGGCAAGCAGUGCUGUGCGCUGCAUGGGGGAGACCCAAGCUCGGGAGUGACCUUGGGUGUCUCUGCACAAACUGAUGGUGUGGAGCUUAGCUGGAUUGCAGAGGGGUCACACUUGGGGUCUAGAAUGGUGGGAAUGGGGGUGCAGGGAGAAAAGAAGAUGGACACUUGCUCUCGAACACCACCAGCUGGUCAAUCCCCACAGUGAUACUGGUUUCAGCUUUAGGGGAGACUACCUGUCCUCCCUUCUGAUAGGAGGAAGAGCACCACAACUGUAGUCGUCAGCCCUCCUGGCCAGAGGGAGAGCACUCCAACUGCAGACAUCCGCAGAGUUCAGGGGCAAGGAAGUAUUCUUGUUCUUCAAGAAUAUGGCAUCUUUAGGACACCAUCUGGAUUGGUGUUCAGUCAGGAGUAACCCCUGCUUAUACGUUUGAAGAUGUGAUGGGUUACCACUGCCACCAGCACACACACACACACACAUGAAAACAACCAAGAAAAAUAUGGGUUAUUUUUUGUGCUAUUUAGUAUAUUAUAAUUCUGUGAAACCAAGUUUGUAUAUUGAAUUACAAUACAAUUAAGGAGUGUUCUUUAAAAAGAAAUAAAUAUACAGUUAUGUGAAUGAGA